CACUUUUACCGACAUCAAGGGGGCACUCACACAACUCCGUCUCCGGUCAUCAACCCGGCCAGAGUUUGAACUGAGAAAAUUGAAAGCCCGACUUCAAUGGAUUCUCAACCACCGGCUAACGAGUCAACCCCGUCGCCGGCGCCGGCGCCGUCAAACGUCGUAGACCUAAUUCCCUUUUAUUCAAAUUAUAUUUGGAAUCGCCUUGCUUCCUUGUACCCUACUUCUAAUUCCAUCUUUCUGGGCAAAAUCUCCAAUCUCUAUCGCCAAACUGUUUCGAGGAAACGGCAUAUCUCUUUUCCUCUUCCUCUACCCUCCGAUUUCCCAAGCUCGUCUGCGAUUAAUAGCAAUACCUCGGCGGAUACAGCUAGGAUUCAUGGUGUUUUGGAGGAGAUAAUGGCUGACGUCCUCUCGAAUUUGCAUGAUAUCCAGAAAAGUUUAGAUUUUUGGCAAUCUAGAGCUGAGGGUUCCAAUGCUCGAAAGGCGUAUUUCAUGAUUUUUGAGAGAGGGCCGGUAGCUUUUUUGAACGAGAGUACGAAGUUCGUGAGCAAGAGUCUCAGCGAGGAACCUGCAAUGCAGCAUCUUUGUCAGUCGUCUUCAUCUCACAUGUUGGAUAGGAUGCGGGUCUUGCUGGAGUUAAGAUCUGCACUCGCUUCUUUUCUUGCCCAGCUUUAUGUUGAAUUGGAUAAACGUGGUGAGGAGCUUGUGAAGAAUCCAGAAAAGUCACUGCCAUCGUUGUUGGCUGUUAUCAAUGGAUUGUUUUCGAACUUGGAGGGAUCUUUCAGCCAUUUGCAUGCUGAGCGUGAGAGUGAUUCUACCGUUGAUGGAAGUUACCCGAUGCCUCUUGUAUUUGAUCAACUGCCUGAAGUUAACGAAGAAGGAUCCCAGUGGACUGAUUGUGAACUUACAGAUGCAAUCAACCUGCUUCAUAAGAAUUUGGAAAAACUUAACUCAUAUUUAUCAGUUAUGGUGGGGAAACAUCGAAAGCCAAGGAGGAUGACUCUGUAUUGGGUCCGGUAUACGUGUGGUGCAGUUGGGCUCUCUGUUUUCUCUAUAUGGCUACUACGUCAUAGUAGUUUGAUGGGAAGUUCGGACAUCGAGAAUUGGGUUCAUGAUGCAAAAGAAGCAACAAUGAGCUUCUUCAGUGAUCAUGUUGAGCAACCGCUGCUUUCCAUUCGAGAUGAGCUUUUUGAUACAUUCCGGAAAAGGCACAAAGGUGUUAUGGAAACUGAAGAAGUGCAGCUGACGCAAGACUCACUGCAUAGAAUGCUUAAGAAUUUCUGCGAGCAGUCUACACGUGAAAAGGUCCCAGACAAUGCAACUGAUCAGCAAAUGCUCGAAGUUGUCAUGAAUCGGUAUGAAAAGGAACUUGUGCAUCCUAUUCACAACCUCCUUAGCGGAGAGCUUGCCCGUGGCUUGCUUAUUCAGGUGCAGAAGCUUAAACUGGAUAUAGAAACAGCGAUGCUAGAACUGGAUCAGAUACUUCGUGCAAAUGAAAUAAAUUUUGCCAUUCUGGCUGCAUUACCUGCAUUCUUUCUCAGCAUUGUUAUGCUCACAGUGCUUCGGACAUGGCUUAAACAGGAUAGUAGAGCUCAAGGACGAGGAAGAAUUGCUCGUAUUCACAGGAGACUUCUUGUCGUUGAAAUUGAAAAGAGAAUUAUGCAGUAUCAUAGCUACAUUGAACAAGGACGUGACAAGGAUGCAGAAACCGUAUUUGGUUUGCUAAUAUAUAGCCUUGAACGUUUGUAUCGGGUUGUUGAGAAACCUGCAAGAGCAACCGACGAGUGGGAUUUAGUGAAACAAGAUCUGAUUGAGUUAGGGAGGCCACAGCAGCAAACAUCUUACAAGCUAACGGUGACACAACGACUAGUAACGGUUUAUGACUGCUUGCUUCCCACUCUGACGCGACAAUAACUCAUCUCGGAUUCUUUAUCUGCUUUACCAACUGCCAAUUUUAUUCAGUCAUUCCUCCAGAAUUGCUUGCUUGACGGCCAAUUUAUAGUUUUUGGUACCAGUCGAAAGGUUUUUUUUUUUUAAUAUGGUAAAACUAAGUUGUAUCUUAGAAGAUAGUUUUAAAAUUCAUAAGCCAUGUUGCAAUUUGAUUUCGCAAAACCUGUUUGUGGUCUUGUGUGCUCCAGCGUCAAUGUUCUCUAACCAUUUUCUGUCACAUUCCAUCUCGGGUGAAGCCGGAUGAGAUAUUUUGUCCA